GACAUUCCCGGCAACUCGGCAUGCUUUGACUGCGGAACCAGCCCCUCGGAUUGGGCUUCCAUUACGCUGGGCAUUGUGCUUUGCCUUGAAUGUUCUGGGGUACACCGCUCCCUUGGCGUGGGCUGCUCCUUUGUGCGCUCCAGUGAGUAG